UGUUUUGUUUUGUUUUUUGUUUUUUUAAAUUUUUAUUUUUUUCUUUUUUCUUUUUUUUUCUUGGGGAUUCUACUCUCUCUUGCCAGACUGACUUACACCUUCUCGAUAAUUUCUCUCCCCCUCGUUUUUUUAUACUCUUCUCCCUGCUUUCAAACCCUGUGUCUGUGUGUUUCAAUACUAUCACAACCUCUGCUAAAAAUAGAUCUUUUUAUAUACCCUUCCUCCUCUCUGACCCCAUCCAACACCCCUUGUUAAGGUAACCCCCUUACACACAGAGCAAGAAACAUAAAAUUACUUGGAUGUCCUGUAUCUCUAAGGAACCUGAUGCAUGAGUGGACUAGAGAAGGGGAAGACAGAAAAAUUCCAAAGACCUACAUAUCAUCUUGCUGGCAGGGUCAAGUUUUCUUUGGAUUGAGGCAGAACUGUGGCUCAUGGACGUCUGAUGUGAUAGAACAUACUCAACACUUAGACACCUUGAGACCACAGAGUGGCUACAAAAACUGAUCAACAACGGCAUUUUUUAAAAUAUCACUGGUCUUCUGACAAGUUAAGUGAAUAGAAAAAAAAAAAAAAAAAGGAAAAACGAAGCUACUUUCAAGUAUUGAAGAUACAAGGCCAGGAUGAACACGAAGGACGGAAAAGUGUCUGAAGGAGGUCUCAAUGUCACGCUUACCAUACGCCUUCUCAUGCAUGGCAAGGAGGUUGGAAGCAUUAUCGGAAAGAAAGGUGAGACAGUGAAGAAGAUGAGAGAGGAGAGUGGUGCUCGAAUCAAUAUUUCAGAAGGCACUUGUCCAGAGAGAAUUGUGACAAUAACAGGCCCAACAGAUGCAAUUUUUAAAGCUUUUUCUAUGAUUGCACUAAAAUUUGAAGAGGACAUAAACGCUUCAAUGACGAACAGCACGGUGACAAGCAAACCGCCCGUAACACUGCGGCUCGUCGUCCCGGCAAGUCAGUGUGGAUCCCUUAUAGGAAAAGGAGGUUCCAAAAUCAAAGAAAUCAGGGAGUCCACAGGAGCCCAGGUGCAGGUGGCAGGGGACAUGCUACCGAACUCGACGGAGCGCGCCGUGACUAUCUCGGGCACCCCGGAUGCCAUCAUCCAGUGUGUGAAGCAGAUAUGCGUGGUGAUGCUGGAGUCCCCACCCAAAGGUGCCACCAUCCCCUACCGUCCCAAACCUGCCUCUGCACCUAUCAUUUUUGCAGGUGGCCAGGUAAGAGCAGACACCAUUUUGGCUUCAGCUGGAAACCACACCGUCUUGGCCCAACCUCAGCCAGCGCCUGCAUUCACGAUUCAGGGGCAGUAUGCCAUCCCUCAUCCAGACGUGAGUCCAGCACAUUUGACCAAGCUUCACCAGUUGGCUAUGCAGCAUCCCCCCUUUACUCCCCUUGGGCAGACCACCCCUGGUUUCCCUGGACUGGAUGCCACUACUCCAACCAGUUCCCAUGAACUUACUAUUCCCAAUGAUUUAAUAGGCUGCAUUAUUGGCAGACAAGGCAGUAAGAUAAAUGAAAUCAGGCAGAUGUCAGGAGCGCAGAUCAAGAUUGCUAAUGCCACAGAAGGCUCCGCAGAACGACAAGUUACAAUCACAGGAUCCCCUGCAAACAUCAGCUUAGCACAGUACCUCAUUAAUGCAAGGCUGUCUUCAGAAGUUACUGGCCUGGGGGCUCUGUAAUGUAUCUCUUCAUGCCCUAGUGCAUUAGCCACCAGACAGGACUUUUCCAAAGCCCCAUGAGACAAUGCUUUCUAUGGACUAAUCUACAGAGGAGUUUCUGCCAUUUCUAACUUUCUUAUUAUUCUGAGACAUCAAAAGAAAAUACUUCCUUACUCUUUAAGCAACUGUGCUUCCUAACUCUUGUGUUGCUUUCAUUACUGUUCCAGUUUUAACUCCGUUGUGGCUCAUAACAUAAAGCAAAGACAAGUUAUUUUUGGGGGUUAAUUUUUAUUGAUGUUCAUGCUUUGGCUAAUCUGUAUAAAAGCAUGGGCCGUUAGUGUUCUAAGCCACUGUAUUCAGCUAGAGACUUGACAGUAAAUUAAAUGAGACGUUUUUAUAAAUAAAUUUUUUUCCUGAUUAAAAAAAGAAAAAAAAAAAAAAGACGUGGUAGCUUUGUGCAUACAACUGUUGUGUUGUUUAAAUUUUGUUCUUUGUAACCGAGUUGCUAAUUUGUCAUUUAAGAAGCACUAUUUUAUGGAUUGUCAAACUAAGAUCACAGACAAAUUGCUUGUUUUCAUUAAUGAUUAAACGUUUCAUAUCAUCACGCUUAAGGUCCCACUGCUCAUUGGGAAAGAGUGUAACACCUGUGCAAAACUGGCAACCUUAGAAAGGAUGUUAGCCCCUUGUCAGGGAUGAUGAGGCUUUUCAGGAGUAGAUGGAGCCAGAUUGUGUAAUUAGUACAGUAAGCAGUAUUUAUGGAAAGCUUUAUUUGGUUUUUAACAAAGUUGCUCUUUUGAGAACCUAUCACAGUGAACAGAAAAUACAAAUUUGGCUUCUUGUUACAAGCAGCCUCUGGUUUGUAUCUCCGGUGUUUUCCCAAACUGAUUUAGAGAUCAAAUACUGGGUAAAGAAAAACAAGAACAAAAGAAUGACCUUGGGUACUGACUACAGCAUUGCUAAGACCCUUCCUUCUUUCCCAUUCCCAGCAGCAUUGUAGAGUGAGGCUUCUAGAGAGCACCUUCCAUCCUGCCAGGAAACUAGCCCAGCAGCUGGGAGGAGUAUGGCAAUUUGCAUUAGAAGAGAGAGAAUGGAGAGCUGAGCAGGCCAGGGGACUGUCUCAUUCUGCCCUGCUUGAGCAGCUCAGUUCUCCUUUAGAUCUGUUGAAGCACUGCAGUCACAGCCUCAAGUUCUCUCUUCACACACAAGCGAAAGAAAGGGGCUGGUCCCGAGCUGCUGCUGCAAUCCAGCACCUCUGGCUGCACUCCGUGGCCACGUCUCCUCUUAGGGCACUGGCAGUACUUCCACGUUUACUGCUUGCUCUAUUCCUCAUGAGAAAAGCAGAGUUUUCUGACAGUGCAAGUGAGUAGCAUCCUUAAUGACGUGAGCCUGAUUCUACAACCUCCAUCUAUUAAGGUCUCUACUUGCUUCUGGGAAUUUAGUUUGGGGUCCCACUUCCCUUCCACGCCCCAGCUGAACUUGUGGGGCAUACCACUAUUAUUUUACAUGGUCUCCAGGAUAGAGACAGCUCUAAAGGGUCUGGGUCUUGAGUCUGAGCCUGGAACUGUAUGACCAAGAUGUGCAUACAGACUUGGGAGAUCUGUAGAAGUCAACAGCUUUUCGAAUGCAGAUGCAGCCACAGAGCAAUUCUUGACAACGAAGGCUGCCAAGGAAGAUUACAGAGGGGGUCAUUGCACCCUAGCAUCCAGGAAGCCUCACCCAAUGUUGACAAUUAGCUAUUUCAACCCUUAGGUUAGAAGAACUAUAGGCUGUAGUACUAACCUUGAUAAAACUCUGUUAUUAUUACUUAAAAUAUAUUUAUACUACUUAGGAUAUAUUUAACUUCCUACUCUUGAAAGGAGAGCUGAAGCUGCUUUUACAGCAGAGACCUCCACAGUCUUCAUUUCCUCAAGAGCAAAAGCUAUUUCUAUGGCUAGCCUGGCUAGUGUAAAUGGGGAAAAAAAAAAAAAACCACCACAUUAUUGCAGCUCAACACUAAGUGGGUCAAGCCUUUGCUCUCUCAGUAAAGCUGCCAGGCAAAGGGCAGCAGCAGCUCUGUGGUGUGUAGUAUCUUUCCCAUUAAUAAUUCACGUGUGCCUUGCAGAACUGGCUAGAAAAGGCUGAGAUUUAAACAAACUAAUGCAGGGGCACGUUUGUGUAUGGAACGAAGAGAGGCAAAAGGACAAAGGAAGAAGUCUUUUAGGAGGGUUUUUGCAAAAAAAAUACAGGCACAAGUGCGAUAAACUCCAGGCUCAUUUUAAUUUCAUUAUUUUAGUGGCAAGAAUUAGUGGCAAGAAUUAAUAAUUUCAUUAUUUUAUGGCACGAAAAAGCUCCUGAAUAGCUUUAAUAUAUAAACCGGGCAAACAAAACACAAGGUACGUCUGGAAGGGUAAAAAAAUGUAAAAAAUAGUACUACCCAAGACAGAAAUCUAAACCACUCAUGCCAGAGGUAGAAAAGAGGAAUCAUGUACCCAAUGUGAAAAGGUCACUGCCCACACAACUGAGAGUUUCCAGAUGAAAGACAGCACAAGUUCUGCAGCUUUUGCAUCAUCAAAUAGCUAUUAGGUUUCUGGAAACAUCUCAAAUGAAUUCAAGCAGCUCUGUUGUGUUUCUCGAGUGACAAAAAAUUGAAAUUAUGAAUGCUGGCUGGAACAGUCAACCAGAGGGAAAACAAACAAAGUUAGUCAAUUGCUAAUACACAGAGUGCUUUCUGUUCUCAGGCAUAGCCAGAGGGUGUCUGUGGGCCCCAAGGUUCAUAUUUGUGCCAGUCAAAGCUCCUAGGAAGCUAACAGCAUAAAUCUUACUGGUGCCACCAAUGCAGGCACCUGGUAAGUGCCUCAGCUUCAGAAGGCUGCAUGGACAAGGUGGUGUUUUGUCAGGUUUCACAAGACAGUGUUAAAGCAUGCGCUGACCCUUUCCCACCCAAACCAGGCAAAAAUGGAAACACUGCCGUUGCUUUCAUUUUUAAAUACCCAACAGCAUGAAAAAAAGAGUGCUUCUCAGAGAUGGGGAAGAUCCAAACCCAGUUUCUUCCACAGCCUCAGUACCAGCUGACUGUAUUUCAGCUCUGUUUAUGCACUUGGAACAGGACCUUCCCCAUCUUGGGUGAGUGCCAUGAUUAUCUAACAAGAAAGUCACAUACGCUCACUAAUUCAGUCAUUUUUACAGCAGCACAGCUUCUACAGGAAAGACUGGAAUUGUUAGACUGCUCAACUAGGUCACACAACGUAGGUGUUCAAAGGACAACGCUGAAAGGAGGGAUUUGAACAGAGAUCUCUUGUAUCCUCUGAAACUGCUGUAACCACCAGUUGUGCAAGGCAUUAGUCCCUCCACUGUAUUUUUGGAAAAAAGACCUUGUUUUAGAUGUCUGCACAGAGGAAAUGCUCGCAUUUCUUUUCCCAGCUAUCAGGCCAGGAUAGUUGUAACUGAAGCGAUGAACAGAAGAUCAGAUGAAGGCAGAUACUGAAAAACUGCUUCACACCUGAAAUUUCCAACUCUUGGCCUGAGCAAGACUUCUUUCUAGGGAUAUAAGUACACACUGCCCUUCCUGGCACUGAAGUAUACUUGAUCAGUUCCUUGGUUCUAGGAAGGAAUGCAGGAAUGUUGAUUAAAGCAGUCUCUGCAUCAGUGCCUGUGUCCUGCCACUCUACAGACUGGCAUGCGUAUUAAGACAGUAACUGAAAUGAAAGUGAAGUGUCAAAUUCAUUUGAUGGUACCUCACAAAAGGGGAUUUCUUUAGCAUUAUAUACUCACAUUAAGGUUUCUAAUGGCAACAACAUGAUUUCUACAGGCUGAAUGUCUGAUUUUCUAGUGCAAAAUUUCUGAAUUAUAAGAAAAAAAAUCAGAAAAUAGUGACAUAUUUUAAAAUAUUUGAAUAUGACUUCUCAGAGCUAUUUCCAGCUCAGUAUUCUAAAGAUGAUAAAAUGCAGAGAAUCUAAUUAUAGUGGCAUGAAAUAAGCAAAGUCUGUCUCUCACUGAAUUGAAAUUAUUGGCAGGUGGCCUGGCAAAAGCUAAUGUUGGUGUUCUUUUUAAUCAGUAUUUGCAAUUCUGAAGCAAAUUUUAAAAUUAAAUUCCAUGGCAGAGGAAUAACAAUCAUGUUAGCAAAUGAGAACACUGUUUGGUUUGUUGUUACUUGGGUUUGGUUGUUUCUGCACGGUCGCUUUUGGCCUUUUU